AAACAUCUGUCCAUAUGGAUGGCUUCAGAAAAAAAAAACAUGACGUCACAUCAAAUGCAUUUGACAGAGCAUCACUGGGUACUAGUAUAAUUUGGAGACAUCUUAUCGAGGUAUUUUGCCGCCAAGUUUCGAAUUUUUAUUCGUUCAAUUUACAAAUUAAUAACCCUUAUUUCAAGUAUACAGAUAGCAUAUCCAUUUCAAGAUGAGUUCGUUUAAAUCUAGAGGACUGUUUGUAUGCAUUGAAGGAUGUGAUCGGGCCGGAAAAUCGACGCAAGCUAAGCUUUUAGUUGAAUACAUCAAGUCAUUGGGAAGAGCUGUUGAACAUUUUCGAUUCCCAGAUCGCAGCACAGCCAUAGGAAAAUGUAUUGAUUCCUACCUUCAAGGGACAUCAGACCUCGAAGACCACGCCAUACAUCUAUUAUUUUCUGCCAAUAGAUGGGAAGCUGUUCCUAAAAUGAAAAGGUUGUUGCACAGUGGAACAUGUAUUAUUACAGACCGGUAUGCUUUCUCUGGAGUGGCUUUUACUGCUGCAAAGGGAUAUGACACAACCUGGUGUAUGAAUCCUGAACGAGGACUACCAUUACCAGAUCUGACUGUAUACUUAGAUAUAUCUACAGAAAAAGCUUCUAAAAGAUCAGAAUUUGGUGAAGAACGCUAUGAAAACAGUGAAUUCCAGGAGAAAGUCAGUAAAAAAUACCAAGAAUUGAUAACAAAAGAUUGGAAGGUGAUUGAUGCCACUCAGAGUAUUGAAAAAAUUCAUCAAGAAAUAAAAGACGCUGUUGAUAUUGUACAGAAGUCAGUGAUUAAUAAUAAUGAACUUUUGAAGGAAUUGUGGACAUGGCCACAACUAUAAACUAUGAAACACAUAAUUUCAAUUUCAUCAUUUACAUCAACAAAAGAAAAACAGUCCAGGCCUUCCAUAAAUCAGUGAAAUAUAAUAUGCUUGCCAUUGAGUGACAUCAACGUUCGGGUGUGUUACUAGUGCACUGAAGCUUGCUGGACCUGACUAACUGAAGUGAAUGAAUGAUUGAUUGAAUAAUUCCUUGCUUGACUGACCUCAUGUCGAGGUCACGUAGAUGUCAGGUUGAUGUGGGGCAGAUUUUGUUUGAUACAGAAUGAUGACUCCAAGAAUUAUUUAAAUAGCAAUACUUUAUGCAUUUCAAUGUUUUCAAUUCACUGUUUUUGGGCAGGCCUGGACAGGGUUAGUCUCCUCUCGCAGGCAUUAGGAUGUUUGUUCCUAGGUCACUCCUCCCUAGCUGUUAGGACGUUCGGUCCCAGGUCAACAAACGUUCUAAUGGCUGCGAGAGGAGACUAGGGCAGGGUUCCAUUGUCAUAACAUACGCAGUCAAUGACGUCAUUCUAUCCACCAUGAUCUGGCAGAUGCUGAAUCGUCAUUUUGCAGAUUACUAACAAAGAUUUCUAACAAAGCUUUCGAAACAUGUACUAAACUUUCCCAACCCUCAAGGGAUGGAAGAGUGAAUGGAUAUAUGAAAAAAUCAUUUUUAAUUGGAUCAGUAAAUUUAAACUUCACACAAAAAACUAGAAAGCCUGGCCAAGGACCCCAAGCCUGAAUCCACUGGACCCAGGCCCUUUUGAAGAUUACAUCUCAGAAUAACAAACAAUCUUUAGCAUUUUGAUAAAAAGGUAGAUUGUAUCAGAUUGUAAAAUGGGAGGCUGACCUCUAAUUAAUUCUAACAUUUCAAGAGAGUAUAACUUUUGUCUACAACCAUUAAUGUAACAUGUCUAAUGCCCUUUUACACUUGCGUCGCGAUAAUCGCCAUUUUGCUAUCGCGCAACUUAACAGCCCUGCGAUUGUUGCGACGAUGGAAAAUCGCCGCGAAGUUGCAGCCAAUUUUCAAGCAUGUUCGAAACUCGGGCGACGAUCGCCGCGAGAAUCGCUCUGCAAAAAUCGCAAGUGUAAACUAUCGUAGGGCUAUUCAACAAUUAUUUUGAAUCACCACGACAGUUGUAGCCAUGUUGUAAGGAUGACUUAGGCAAGUUGCAUGCGAAUUGAAUUCGACUUACGUUCCCGUAAGCACGUCUUUACGUUCCCGUUGCGGUCCUUUUUAUUGGUCAAGGCAGCCUUCUUUAAUCAACUAAAGCUAUGUUGUGGCCUAUUUAUCUCUAUGUUCCUUGAGGCUACAAGGAUUUUAAACCAAAAACACAUGGCAAUGCCUACAAAAACGUGAAGUUUAGCACUGGUUUCAAUGUGUUUGUACUUUUGUCCGUACGGUUGUAAUAAAGAAAGAAAAUAGCCACUUUCGGUGGUUCUUAUUUGAAAGCAUUUGGUCCGAGUUAGUCGGGAUAUCGAAAAACACUUGACAACAAGACACAAGCUCUUGUUUUUGACCAAUCAAAUUAACAGAUGAAAGUAAUGUCUCUGCCUUCUUACUUUAAUAAAUGGCGAACUAUAGUCUUUGUUGAAAAUAAGUGUGUAUGUAACAACAGGACAGCGAGGGUUGGGUUUUUUUUACGAACAUUCAUUGAAGCAAAGUGCUAAUGGUCACAUAGUAUCUUUGGGUUGCAGAGAUCGAAGAUCACUGCUAAACGGGUAAAUUGUUUCUCUUUUAAUUCUGUAUUAAGGCGAUGGAAGUGUUUUAGGCCUUUCAUAACUUGCUAUAUAGCUAGAGAAGCAUUUCUUUAAUUGGGUGCACUCUACUUUUGAAUAGGCUUCAAAAAUUUUGGACUGUCUUCAUUUAUGAAAAUGCUUGCCUUGGCAUUAUACUUGAGAAGGUGAAAUCAAAUGUUUAUGACUAGAUCGCAAGAAUUGUAGAUCCAAACAAUUGGUUGUCAAGUGGACCACCAUCAUGUUCUAGAUAACGGUCUGUAUCGGUAUAACCUUUGUGCCCGAAAACGUUGAGUAGAGUAACGUAUUGAAACAAUUUGUAACAUGACCUUGACAUCCAGACACAAAUUUAUCCAUUUUAAUCAUCAAAAAACUACAGAAAGUGAUGUAAAAACGUGCUUGGGAUCGUUAGCGCGCGAUUUUUCUAGACAGAUAAACGGGAAAUUUAAAUGUUUUAGUGUGAAUAAUAUUGUGUGUUAAUAAAGGGAAAUUCAAUUAA